GUACAUUCUGUCAGAAACGUAUCUGUCUUCAACAUUAAAAGGCUCCUAUUUUUGGAAUAUACAGGACUGUUAUCUCAACUGCAGUGAUAAUCACAAAGGGUACUGUCAAAAGAACAGCAAUGGAGUGGAGGUUCAUAUUACCUGUUGUGUGUGUACUUGGAAUCCUAUUUGUGUCUGGAUCUACAGCUGAAGAUGCAUCAGCAUCUACAAAGGCUACAGCUACAAAUGUAAAAGGUACAAAUGCAACAGCUAACAAUCCUACAGCUACAAAUGCAACAGCUACCAAUGCAACAGUAACAAAUGCAACAGCUACCGAUCCAACAGCUACAAAUGCAACACUUACAAAUGCAUCAGUAACAAAUGCAAUAGCUACCAUUGCAACAGCUAACAAUGCUACAGCUACAAAUGCAACAGCUACCAAUGCAACAGCUACACAUGCAACAGUUUCAAAUGCAACAGCUACCAAUGCAACAGCUACACAUGCAACAGUUUCAAAUGCAACAGCUACCAAUGCAACAGCUACCAAUGCAACAGCUACAAGUUCAUCAGUUACAAAUGCAACAGCUACCAAUGCAACAGCUACAAAUGCAUCAGUUACAAAUGCAACAGCUACUAAUGCAACAGCUACAAAUGCAUCAGUUAAAAAUGCAACAGCUACCAAUGCAUCAGUUACAAAUGCAACAGCUAUCAAUGCAACAGCUACAAAUGCAUCAGUUACAAAUGCAACAGCUACCAAUGCAACAGCUGCAAAUGCAACAGCUACAAAUGCAACAGGUACAAAUGUGACGACUACAAAUGCAACAGCUACAAACACGACAUCUACAAAUGCACCAGCCCCAAACGGCAUGACCACGAAUCCAACCAACUCUGCUGUUACAAAGUUAGAUAUAACUUACAGCAUCGACCAACCUUUCAAGGAUGAGUACACUGAUCUAAGCCAUCCCGAAACCAUAAGCCUGAUAAAUAACAUCACAUCUCAGAUUGAGUCAGUUUACAAGAAACGCUUCACAAACUUCAGACGCUAUAUUAUCCGGAAAUUCAGUAAAGGCUCCAUCAAGACGGAUGGUACACUUGAGUUCAGCGACAACGGCACUGUUCCUACAGCACAGGAUGUGGUUAACUUCAUCGUUGAGGAAGUUAAAGCUGGCAGUUUAAACUUAUCGAUUGAUAAGAAAACUGUCUCUGCUUCAGACUCUUCAGGAGUUCCAGCUGAACCCCUUUUCAACACAUCACAGAUUAAUGUCACAUUUAGCAUUAAUGAUAAUUUCACUGAUGCCUUGUCCAUCUUGAACUCAACUGAGGCUAAAAAUCUGACAGACAAAAUCACCACUCAGUUUGUUACAGUGUUCAAGAGACGUUACGCAAACAUCUUACGAAUGGUUAUUUGGAAAUUCAGAAACGGCUCCAUCGUGACGGAUGGUACACUUGAGUUCAAAGACAACGACAUUGUUCCUACAGCACAGGAAGUGGUUAACGUCAUCAUUGAUGCAGCUAAAGCUGGCAGUUUCAACUUAUCGAUUGAUAAGAAAACUGUCAAUGCUUCAGACUCUUCAGGAAACUCAGCUACACCCAUUUUCAAAACAUCAGAGAUUAAUGUCACAUUUAGCAUUAAUGAUAAUUUCACUGAUGCUUUGUCCAACUUGUCCUCACCUGCGGCUCAAAAUCUGACAAACAAAAUCACCACUCAGUUUGUUACAGUUUUCAAGAAACGUUACGCAAACAUCUUACGAAUGGUUAUUAGGAAAUUCAGUAAUGGCUCUAUUGUGACGGAUGGUACACUUGAGUUCAGCGACCUUGAAACUGUUCCUAAAGCUCAGGAUGUGGUUAAUGUCAUCAUUGAUGCAGCUAAAGCUAACAGUUUCAAUUUAUCGAUUGAUAAGAAAACUGUCAAUGCUUCAGACUCUUCAGGAAACUCAGCUACACCCAUUUUCAACACAUCACAGAUUAAUGUCACAUUUAGUCUUACUGACACCUUCACUGAUGCCUUGUCCAACAUGUCCUCACCUGCGGCCAUAAAUCUGACAAACAAAAUCACCACUCAGUUUGUUGCAGUUUUCAAGAGACGUUACGCAAACAUCUUACGAAUGGUUAUUCGAAAAUUCAGUAAUGGCUCCAUCGUGACGGAGGGUGCACUUGAGUUCAGCGACCUCGACCCUGUUCCUAAAGCUCAGGAUGUGGUUAACGUCAUCAUUGAUGCAGCUAAAGCUGGCAGUUUCAAUUUAUCGAUUGAUAAGCAAACUGUCAAUGCUUCAGACUCUUCAGGAAACUCAGCUACACCCAUUUUCAAAACAUCAGAGAUUAAUGUUAAAUUUAGCAUUAUUGACACCUUCACUGAAGCCUUGUCCAACAUAUCUUCACCUGCGGCUAAAAAUCUGACAGACAAAAUCACCACUCAGUUUGUUGCAGUGUUCAAGAGACGUUACGCAAACAUCUUACGAAUGGUUAUUAGGAAAUUCAGUAAAGGCUCUAUUGUGACGGAGGGUGCACUUGAGUUCAGCGACCUCGACCCUGUUCCUAAAGCUCAGGAUGUGGUUAACGUCAUUGUUGAUGCAGUUAAAGCUAACAAUUUCAACUUCCCAGUUGAUGUGAAAUCUAUCACUGCUACAGACUCUUCAGGCUCAGCUACUUCCCAUGGCAGUUCUACAGUCAUCUCUAGUAUGUUCACAGUUUUGUGUAUGGCUCUAGCAUCACUGCUGCUGUCAGGUGUGAUGCACCAGUAAACAUUGCAUUCACACGAGGAAACCAAAAAAAACAAUUCAUACAUUUUACCAUCAGAAUAUGUAUAAAAAAAUUGUCAUGUCAUCUUUGAUCUUUUGCAUUCGUUACAUGCUAUUUAGUGUUCGGUAAGAAUUAACAAGUAACUGCGCACAGCAUGUCACAAGCUGCUAUGUGUUUUAAUAACAGUUAUCUGAAGAAUUAUUCUUAUGAAGCAUUAUGUGUUGUAUGUGUGUGUAAUUGUAUGUCUGUGUAUAGUUAUUAUGAUGAUUAUAUCAUGAUAAAUGUCUAUAAAUUGUUUUUAUUGAGUUGCGUUGGAGAAGUAAUGAGGAUAAGUUUAAACAUUUAAACUGACUCUGAACAUUCAUCCAUACCACAGUAAUUAGAAUAAGUAAGUCAAUAUUAACUUUGAAGAAAUAUUAAGUUAAAAUUAAAUUAUCUCAUUGUUUGGUUUAGGAGCACAUGUAUUUAUAUAUGUAUGUUACCCAUAGGUAAAGUAAUCUGAAACUCUUCCUAAACAUGUCUGUACUGCUAAAUGAAGUGUCUUAUGAAAUAAAGGGGAAAUCUGUUUAAUUUAAA